AUGGAUUUCCAGGCUGAUGGCCAGCACGUCAUCAUCUUCCUGGAGAGCUUACAACAAAACAUCACUGACCUUUGUCAGGCAACUCCUUAUCAGUUGGAGAAAAUUGGCAUAGAGCAUCGCAGUGUCCGUCUUACAAUCUACAAUACUAUGAAGAAGCACCUUGGCAUCAAAGAUUUAAGCAAGGUGUUUAAUGAUCCCAUUCAUGGCCACAUCGAGUUGCACCCACUUCUUGUCAAGAUCAUAGACACCCCUCAGUUUCAGAGACUACGAAACAUCAAGCAGCUUGGGGGGGUGUAUUUUGUUUAUCCAGGAGCAUCCCACAACCGCUUUGAACACUCUAUUGGGGUGGCAUACUUAGCAGGAGAGCUUGCUAAAGCCCUCAAGGUGAAGCAGCCAGAACUUGACAUCACUGACCGAGAUGUCCUCUGUGUGCAAAUUGCAGGUCUCUGCCAUGACCUGGGACACGGGCCCUUUUCUCAUUUUUUUGAUGGAAUGUUCAUGCCCGAAGCAAGUGAUGAAGAGUGGAAGCAUGAGGAAGCCUCCAUAAAGAUGUUUGAUUACUUACUGAAGGAAAAUGGCCUGAAGCCAGUGAUGGAGCUGUAUGGGCUGGAAAUAAAAAACGAAAAGGAAAACGACCUGGUGUUCAUUAAAGGAAUGAUUGAUGACACUCAGAAAAAAACAGCUCAGCACGAGCAGUAUCCAGGUCGAGAGAAGGAAAAAUCCUUUCUCUAUGAAAUUGUGUCAAACAAGGAAACCGGCAUUGAUGUUGACAAGUUUGACUACUUUGCCAGGGACUGCCACCACCUGGGCAUCCAGAACAACUUUGACCAUCAGCGCUUCAUCGUGUUUGCCAGGGUGUGUGAUGUGAAUGGGAGUAAGCACAUUUGCUCUAGAGACAAGGAAAUAGAAAAUCUGUAUGACAUAUUCCACACAAGGCACUCUAUCCACAGAAGAGCCUGCCAGCACAAGAUAAAAAUGGCUGUAGAAAUUAUGAUCAAAGAUGCCCUCCUACUAGCAGAUAAGGAUCCAUGCUUCCAAAUUGAAAUUUCAAAUGGAAAUGGAACUUCAAAGAAGAUUCCUCUCUCCAAAGCCAAAGAAGAAAUGGAGGCAUACAUAAAGCUGACAGAUCAGGUCAUUGAAAGAAUACUCAACUCUUCUUCAGAUUCUCUGAAGGAGGCAAGGGAGAUUCUACACAGGGUCAUGACUCGGGAUCUGUACCGCUGUGUGGGUCAAGCCACGGUUGUUCCUUUGGACCCUGAGAAGGAAGACAAUGACCCCAUCAGUAAAGCGUUUUUCUAUCGCAAGGAUAAGCCUGACAAAGCAAUCCCAAUCGCCGAAUCAGAAGUUGUUCCUUUGGACUCUGAGAAGAAAGACAAUGACCCCGUCAGUAAAGCAUUUUUCUAUCGCAAGGAUAACGCUAACAAAAAAAUCCCAAUCACCAAAUCAGAACUCGAGAAAAACUACAAAAAGAAAAAAUUGGAGGAGAUGAAGAAAGAUUUGAGAGACAAACUGAGUAAACACUUUCGGGAAGACAAGUUUGAAGUUAUUGAUGUCACUUUGGACUAUGGGAUGGAAGACAAUGACCCCAUCAGUAAAGCAUUUUUCUAUCGCAAGGAUAAGCCUGACAAAGCAAUCCCAAUAUCCAAAUCAAAGGUGUCCAAGCUUCUCCCAGAGCACUUUUCUGACGAGAUACUUAGGGUUUACUGGAAGAACCAUGAAGGACUGCAGGGAGAAGAGAGAAAAAAUAAAGAAAAAGAGAUCAAAAAAUUCUUUAAAACCCAGUGCAAGGACUAUGGCUUUGAGAUACAGAAUGCAGAAGAGGAUGGUGGCAAUGACAGUCAAACUCCAGUACCAGUCAAUCUGAACUUGUGA